AUGCUACAAAAGCCUAGGCCGAAUAUAGGGCAUGAGAGUACUUCUUCGAGUAUAUACUCGCCAAUAGAAUUGGAACACAACCAUCAGCUGCUGUUGCUGCUGUUGCUGCUGCAGCUGCAGCUACCCACCGCCAAUGCAACUCCUCCGCUGGCAGAGACACAAACGAGGCCAAGAGCCGAUCCAUCAGACUACCUUCCAUCCCUGAAUGUGAGCAUUCAAAAAAAUUUCAACGACAGUGAUGACAAUGACCAUGACCAGGAAUUAAUAGACAAUGACGAAACACCCUUGUUGAACUCAUCAUCAACAAGACAGGAGGAUAUGACCCCCUUGGUUGAUGAUAAUGGAUACAUUAUAGAAGAAGAAGAAAACAACAACAACAACAACAACAACAACAACGACAACAACGACAACAACGACAACGACAACAAUGGCGGACUAGCAAGACUACUUUCUCAACGCAAGUUAAGCAAGAAAUUUAAAAGAUUAUCAACGAAAUUACUACAACAAAAUGCCAAUGCAUCUCAAAAUUCACACCAGUUUAUAACCAAUUUCCAACAAAAUAUAGAAAGAGUCAAUAAUAAUCAAGAUUUUGCACUGGCUAGAACAAGUGCCUACUAUAGAAAGAUCAAUGAGAAACAAAACAAACAUUUUGAGCAGCAGCAGCAGCAGCAGCAACAACAACAACCUCCUCUGCUUCUGCUGUCUUAUCAAUCACAAUCGACUGCGUAUCAUGAAGAUGUUACACAUACAAUGCUACAUAAUGAUCAACACUCAGAACUUAGCUUUAUUUGUAGUAGUAAAUCAUCAAGUAUCCAUAGUAGGAAUCCAAGUAUACAUAGCGACAAUUAUCACCAUCUGGAUCACCAUCCGGAUCACAAUCACGAUCACGAUCACCACCAAAUUAUAAUAACAAAUUCCUCAUCAUUAUCAAGCCUUGCAAUGGAUAAUAGUACAACUAAUAAUAACCACCUUGCUAGUUAUAAUAUGCACGGAACCCAAUUAACAAAUGAAGUACCAAUACGAAGAGAUUUAAUUGACACUCCAGUUAAAGAAAAGUUUAAGAUUUACAAUAGUGCAUCGGAAAAUAUAUCAGAACAAGGAGGGUUGAAUAUAAUAUAUAACCAAGAAAGAGAAACUGCACCUAUUAGAGGAGAGCAAAGUGAAAAAAGAAUCAAGUCGUCCAACUCGUUACGGGUGGAGGAAGAAGAAGAAAAAGGAGGAGGAGGAAGAGGAGGCGAAGAAGAAGAAGAAGUAGGAGUAGAAGAAGAAGAAGCAGAAGAAGAAGAAGAAGAAGAAGAAGAUUUGUCAUCCUUAUUCAUUCGCGCAUUACAUUCGUUUGACUCAAAUACCUUACAAUCCGAAUCAGAUACUUCAAUUUGUCUAUCAUUUGAGAAAAAUGAUCUUGCGUUUGUCCAUACCAUAGACGAAUCCGGAUGGGGUGAAGUAACUUUAGUAGAGUCGCUACGAAGAGGUUGGAUACCAAUGAAUUAUUUUGCAAUUGCAGUUGCGGAUGACGAUGAAGAAGAAGAAGAAGAAGAAGAAGAAGAAGAAGAAGCAACCUAUACGAGUAAUAUUCCCAAUAGUCGUUAUCUCCGACUGUUAUUUCAUGCAAGUGGCAAAUUCUUACUCGACCCAUUAAGCCACAAAAACAGGAAGGGGAAGUACACAUUUUCCUUGCGUGUGAUUAAUUCUAUUAGAGAUGGUGUUAGACUCCUUCUACAACAAACAGACUGUUUAUCGAGAUCAAAUGAAAUUGUAACAAAACGACAAAUUGUACGAAAAGCAAGAAAAUCAUUAUUAGCCGAUUGGUAUAAUCUAAUGGUCAAGGCAAACGAAUUUAAGGGUACUUCCAAUUUCAGCAAGAUUGAGAUAUUAACAUUGAUGGUUUAUCAAGUUGCAAAAAAAGCGCUUAUGUUUCUCGAAGUAUGGUCGGUUGAAAGUAAGCAGAUUGUAAAACGCGAGAAUGAACGUAAAUUACAAGAUGAUUUGAACAAUUAUCCGCUAUUGGAAACACCGCCAUUAGCCAAAUCGAGAAUUACUGAGAUUAGUGCUAUAUUGUAUUCGUAUUUGGGGAUGAUUAUUGGUAGAUUGGACUUGAUAGAACAUAAUCAAAUUGGAUGUGAGAUUUUGGAAACAUUAGCUCAUCAGAUUAUAUUAUUGCUUCGAGAAUUAUUAUUUAUAUCGAAAACAGGCUCAGAUUUCAGUUUGGAAAAACCACAAGAGUUGGAUAGUUCGUUAGAUGGCUUGUUAUCCUUGGUGAGCGAUUUAGUUACAAGUGUCAAAAGCUUGGUGGUUAAAACUUUAAAUGAAAAUGAAGAGGAUCUUCAGCACCAGCACCAGCACCAGAACCAGAACCAGCACCAGAAGGUAGAUUAUUUUUAUACAGAAGAAGGUGGGUCUUUACUACAAAUUUCAGCCAAAAUGAUCAAAGCAAUAAGCGUCACAAUUGCAUCGGUUCGUAAAUUGCUUUACUUAACUGGUGACUUUAAAUUGAACUCGCAAAGAGCAUACCCUGAUUUUGUGAAAAUGAGAAUUGAACCGCAUGAUUUCGUAAAGAAAUGCAUGAAGGGGAUAAGAGGUAAUAUACAUGCAUCUUCCUCUUCUUCUUUUUCAUUUGCUAAUGCUAGUGAUGGAGUACCAGGUGCAGGUGCAGGUGCAGGUGCAGGGGCAGGUGCAGGGGCAGGGACAAGGGCAGGAGGAGAAAACAAUAAACCCUAUAUGGCCAAUAGAUAUUCAAUGAUCAGAACCGGCAAAACUGGUGACUUGGGAUUUACUGAAGGUGGGCUUGAUUUCCUACAACAUUUUGAAGAAUCUCCAUUCACAGUGGCUGCUGCGGAAUUUGAACCAUUUACAACGGAAACUGAAAAUGGAAGUGUAUCUGUAUUGCAUCCGGAAAAGGAACUAGUUAUUGAUGCCAAUGGUCGCCUUAUUGGAGGUUCUUUUAAAGCUUUAGUUUACACGUUGACUGAUGAAGAUUCACCACCUGAAUAUUUUUAUAUAUCUACUUUUUUUAUUUGCUUUAGAAGUUUUGCUAGUGGGAUUGACUUGAUUGAGGAACUAAUUACUAGAUUUGAUAUUUCCAAGAAUGAAAAUAAUAUCAACGAUAUCAAUUUCGAAAUAAAAUUAAAGAAAAGAAGAAGACUAAUUGUCAAGAUGUUUCAAUUAUGGAUGGAAAGUUAUUGGAAUCACGAAACGGAUUAUCGAUUAUUGACCACCUUGAUUAAUUUUUUCAAUGAGGAGAUGAGCAAUGUGUUACCAUUGGAAGCUAUGAAAUUGAUUGAAAUUGGUGCCAAGCUUUCAUCGAGGCCCUUGGUUGAGAAUAGAAACAAUCGAAGAAAUUACCAAACAAAACAAUUAUUGGAGCGAAGUAUAAUUGUGAGGAGAGAGCUGGAUUCUGAUGAGAUAACCUCCUUGAGUAGUAGUGGCAGUGCUGGUGGAGCCGCCUUUGCUAUCUCGAGAUCAGACUCGAAUAUAUCGAGUAGUGAUGAAUCACUUGAUUUGCCUCUUGGAACGGGAUCCAACUCCAAUUCAUUGCUCAACAAAUCACAAUUGGAUACAGUUGAGAAAAUCGUAAUGACUUACAGGACCAUAUUAGGCGAUUGUUGGUGUUCAGUCAAAUAUCUUGACAUUUACAGACCUUUGGAUAUAAAUAAUAUGUUGUCCAAUUUUGCGAUAAUAAGAGAUCAAAGUUGGGUAUUAUCAAACUAUCGACCAAAUUUACUAGAUUUCAAUGGUUUAGAGGUUGCUAAACAAUUAACUUUGAUUGAAUCUAGAAUAUUUUGUGCAAUACAACCUGAAGAGUUGUUAAAUCAAAACUUUACUGUUAAAAGAGCUCACUUGAAAUUAUCUCCCAAUAUUCAAUUAUCCUUGUUAUUCACAAAUUGUUUAUCCAAUUAUGUGUUGGAGUCUAUUCUUCAACCCAAUUUAACCAUCAAAGAAAGAGUCAAUAUUCUCAAAAUAUGGCUCAAGAUUGCUAUUUCAUCGCUAUAUUUGCGCAAUUUUAACAGUUUAGCUGCAAUUAUCACGGCAUUACAAAGUCAUUUAAUUUCCCGUGUUGAGUUCAUCUGGGUCAAUCUACUGCAAAAAUAUAUCGAAUUGUAUCAAUACUUGUCGUCGAUCAUCAGUAUGGAGAAAAAUUAUACUACUUAUAGAUCCAAAAUACGUAACUUGUUAUCAUCUAAGAGGGAGAAUAAUAGUAUGAUUCCAAUUGUACCAUAUAUAAAUUUGUUUAUUUCGGAUAUUACAACAACUACAGAGGGCAUACCCAAGUAUAUCCCAAGCUCAACGAAUUUCCUUGGUAGGAAAGUUAUUAAUUUUCAAAAAUAUUCCAAGAUUGUAAAGAUUAUUGCAGAUUUACAACAGUUGCAAAUUCCUUAUGAUGAUGAGUAUGAGGAGCAAAAAAUGGCCGAGUUGGAGUACACCGUGAAGAAUGUUCCAGCAUUGCAGGAAUUGAUUCUUCUCGAACUUUGGAAGAUAAACAUUUUGCACAAGGAAGAUGAAGAUCGCGGUUGGAAGUUGAGCUGUGCAAUUGUAAAUAGUCGAUGA